ACUUGCAUCAAUAUAUUGGUGUCGUCUAGGGGCUGCUGAAGGCGACCGCUCGACAGCUGUCAACGUAGGUGCAAAUUUAUUAGAAAUUCGUGUAAAUAUCGCCCGUGUGAGCAAUAUUGAUGAGAUGAAUCCAGAACUGAUCGAUCCGUUGGGGCCGAAGAGCGCCGGUAUACGUUACUGCUCGGCCUGUGACAACAAUUCAGCCACCUACGCUGGGAAAUUCCUGGCUUCGCCGCACAACCCAGAUGCACGCCGUCAAUGGAUGGUUCGCAUUGGGGUCAUCAAAGCGACCGAUCCGUUCCCGGGAAUGAAGCGCGUUUACGUUUGCGACAACCAUUUCGAUAAACAAAAUGACUUCAUAACGGACCGGCGAUAUGGACCACGGCUCCGACAGGGAACCUUGCCAUGGCGAAACUUAAAAACCGGCAUCUACAGCUACCAUGGUUUGGAACUUGAGACACCUCCGCCAUGCCAAUGUGAUUGUUGCACACGCAAAAACUCCGCGUCAGCUGGCCAUGAUCGUCGGCUGGUCAUGGUCCAAACGGAUGACGUUGAAUCAAAGAUGGCGCAGAAUCCCACCCGAGUCACGUUGUAUGCGUCUCAGUGCCGUUUGUGCCUUCAAAAGCUGAGUGACACAGAUGGCAGCCUGAUGCGACUGUUCUGUCCCGAAACCCGGCAGUCCAUCUGCCCGGAUCUCAUGGAACAAAUUUACGUAACGGUUGGUCUUCUUCUCAAUUAUGGCAGAGAUGCAGACGCCAGUAUCUGUUACAGUUGCCGGAGGCAAAUUGACCAAGCGUACCGGUUCCGGUUGCAAACUAGAACCAACAAUGAUGCGUUUCUGGCGACAGAUGGUUUGGUCCAACGAAGCAGGAAACUGGAGAAGGCACAACUUCGCCAAUCAGCUGCCAAUAUUGAACAGGUUCUUGUGGAAAAUUUGGAAGAGGACGCUCCGUCAAUGCUGAAGCCGGAAGAAGACAUGGAAACAGUCAAGCUUGUACCGCAAGGAGAAAUCGAUUAUUUGGUUCAACACGAUGUCAAAGAAGAACCCAUGGAAGAACCAGAGUACUUGGAAGAAUGGAUUAUAACAGACGUCAAUGUGAAACAAGAAUGAUAACCCAUUUGCUAAUCUUUUAACAUUAAAAAUAAUAAAAAAGGUUUAGUUCGUUAUUACUAGUUGCUAGCUGUCCUGAGUAGGCUGUAUAGGCUGUUGAUGACAUUGACCAUGGAGCUCCACGUUGGAGAUGCAAUUGAUGAAGACAUGGAGUCUUUGAGUGUUCUCGACUGAUACACACCAGGUUUCACUGGCACACUAGAUUUCACGUGUGAGACGUGCAUCUAUUAUUCUAUCUAUUUUUUUUCCAUACAUUUCUUAAACUCGUAAAAACAGCCCUCGCCUUCUUCAUCCAUACCUAAGCCCAGUUUCGAGUUCAAAAGGAAUCGCUCAAUAAAGUUUUUGACCGAUUCCUGGCAGAAACUUUUCACAGUGACAGCCAUUUGAAUUAUCAUUCGAUUGAUCGAUUUGAAUUAAGGAGACAAGGGGUGACCUCUGGGAUUCUUAUGUGAAAGUGACCUUUGAAACUGAGAUGAACCAGCCUCGGGCUGAGAAUCUCAUAAAUAAAGACACACAAAAAUAUAUGUGAAAGUGUAACUUUUCCCAUAGUAAAUCCUAUGCAAACUUUUAACCGUUUGCGCUAAAUUAUAGUUUGACCGAUUGCGCUGAAAUUUUGUACAGUACACAUGGGACCUAAAUGGGAUCUCAAAAGUCGACUGGAGCGAGGAUUUAUU